AACAGACAAACCAAACAUUCAAAUUUGGGCAUGAUUGACGAUUUCCGGUGUAAUAAAAAUUUCUGGAAUACUAUUAUGACAAUAUUUUAAACCAACAUUAAAACAGAUUUCUUAACUUUUCAAUACAAAUUAAAAGUUGAAGUGCAAAAUGUCGAAUAUGACAAUUAACUCGUACAUUCACCAGAUUGGUAAUGCAUGGGAAGAUUGUGACGGGGAUCGAGUUGCAGAACUGUUGUCGUUACAAGACCCACAUGUCUUAAGUUCAAGAUUAAGUGAAGACGAACCACAAGAUGUGGUCGGGGACUCGUUGGAGUCACCAUUGUCAGAAAUGGUCAUUUUCCAUUUGAAAGUUGUGAAGGAGCUGAAUACACAGAGCUUCAAUAAAGCUUUGAACUUGCAAUGCCAAUUUGGUCAAUUUUUCUGUAAAGUCUUUCAAUCUCAGAAGGAUGAGAAUUGGGGUCUGACGUUGAUGGAAAAGCUGGUUGAAGACCUUAGAAAAAUUGCAUUGAGUGUUCAACAAUUUGAUGAGCCAGACGAAAGGUCGUCCGAAGAACAUGCUCCCACAGGAAUGGAGAAAGCUGCCGAUGUCAUUAUGGCAUUGUUUCGAGUUUGCGCUGCUGACACGCGAACUCAAGAACACAAUACCAAACGGUGGGGGAUGAUGAUUUUAGUGAAUCACCUGUUUAAAAUCUACUUUAGAAUUAACAGACUCCAACUUUGCAAACCUUUAAUACGAGCUAUUGAACAGCAGAGUUUUAAAGACCAAUUUCCUCGUGAACAAAUGGUCACCUACAAAUAUUACGUUGGAAGAAAGGCCAUGUUCGACUCUGAAUUCCAUGAAGCCGAUGAUUGCCUAACGUAUGCAUUCUAUCAUGCCUCCACUUUGGAGAAUAAAAAGAAAAUUCUCACUUACCUCACGCCAGUAAAGAUGUUCUUAGGAUUCCUGCCUACUGAUGAAGCACUGAAAAAGUAUGAUUUGAUUGAGUUUGGUCAUGUAGCAGAGGCCUUAAAAGAUGGAAAUAUCUUCAAAUUUAAAGCUGCCUUAGAGAAAUCUGAAGCGAAAUUUAUCAAGGCUGGAGUAUACCUAAUACUUGAAAAACUUCACAUGACCCUGUACAGAAACCUUUUUAAGAAAGUGUGUUUGAUAUACAAAAACCAUCAAGUUCCUAUCAACGUACUGACUGCAGCAUUAAAAUGGGCCGGUCACGAAGAUAUUGACACGGAUGAAACCCAUUGUAUAGUGGCCAAUCUCAUCUGCGAUGGUCAAAUUCGAGGAUAUAUAUCUCAUCAGCAUCAAGUCGUUGUUGUCGCAAAACAAAAUUCAUUCCCAAAAGUUAGCUCAAUUGAACAUGAACUGAGAUAAUUUUAUAUUUUUCACACCUGAGAUUUUUCUAUUGGGUAAUAAUACAUACUUUUCAAAGCUGUACGUACUUUUACAAUUAGGUUUAUUUGUUACUUAUUAGUUGAACAGUAAAAUGAAUAUUAAAUAUUUAUAAAUCCAUUC